AUGUCCCCCUCAAAUGAUACCAAGUCCCAUCCCUCCUAUUUCCUCCUACUGGGAGUUCCAGGCCUUGAAGAGAUGCACAUAUGGAUUGGGUUUCCUUUUUGUUUUGUGUAUUUGAUUGCCCUUGUGGGAAACAUCAUUAUCCUGUUUGUGAUCAAGAAUGAACACAGUCUUCAUCAGCCUAUGUUUUACUUCUUGGCCAUGUUAGCCUCCAUCGAUCUGGGUCUAUCAACAUCCACUAUCCCCAAAAUGUUGGGCAUAUUCUGGUUUAAUUUAAAAGAGAUUAGUUUUGGAUCCCUGGGUGGCGCAGCGGGCUGUGUCACCCAGAUGUUCUUUAUUCAUAUAUUCACUGCCAUGGAGACUGUUGUAUUGGUGUCCAUGGCCUUUGACCGCCAUGUUACCAUCUGCAAUCCUCUGAGAUACAGCCUGAUUCUCACUAACAGGAUGAUUUGUCUCAUCCUUGUUGUGGUUUUUGGUGUCAAUUUCAUUUUGGUUAUCCCUCUGGUGUUUCUCAUUUUGAGGCUUCCCUUCUGUGGACACCAAAUAAUCCCACAUACGUACUGUGAGCACAUGGGAAUUGAUCGGCUGGCCUGUGCCAGUAUAAAAGUAAAUAUGAUAUUUGGAUUAUUUCUUGUAUCAGUGGUGUUUGUUGAUGUUGUUCUGAUUGUCAUUUCCUAUGUGAAAAUACUCCGAGCUGUCUUCUGCCUUUCUUCUCAGGAUGCCAGACUCAAGGCACUUAAUACAUGUGGCUCCCAUAUCUGUAUUAUUCUAGCCUUCUUCACUCCCUUUUUCUCUGUCUUGACCCAUCGUUUUGGCAGGGAUGUUCCCAUAUACAUAUACAUUCACAUUCUCCUGGCCAAUCUAUAUGUUGUUGUUCCACCUGCCCUCAAUCCUCUCAUCUACGGAGUAAGGACAAAGCAAAUUCGGGAAAGGGUUUCAAGUAUCUUUUGGAAAAAAGACUGA